UGGCCGUCAUGGGUCUGAGAUUUUUCAAUAAGUUGCGUCGAGCUGCGUCGUCGAGCUGCGUCUUUUCUUUUUCACUCCUUCGUCUUUAAAACGUCGUCAUCGUCGCGGGAUGAAGCCGUCGUGACACAAACACCAUCCCUCGAGCAUUCCCCCAACACCACCACAAGGAAGGGAGUUGCCGAAUGUUCCACACGUUCCAGAGCUCCGCCGCCCUCAAGUCGCCGGGCGCGGGCGAGGCCGCGGCGACGGGCGGAGGCGGCGCUGGCGCGCCCGAGGGCACAAACAACAAGCCGCCCGUGAGCGUGCGCUCGGGAGGCUCGCGGCGCAUCUCGACGAGCAACGCGUGCGUCGAGUGCCGCCGGCGCAAGAUUCGGUGUGACGGCACCCAGCCGUGUGGCCAGUGUCUGUGGUAUCAGCACCCGGAGGCGUGCAGCUACUCGAAGCCGGCUCAGCGCAUCGUCCCCUCGCGCAAGCUGGUGGACCGCCUGCAGGGCCAGAUCGACCAGUACAAGCUGGUGCUGGAGCGCCUGUUCCCCCUCAAGGACAUCGACGCCCUCGCCUCGCUGCCGCGCGAGGAGCUGCUCAAUCUCGCUCUGACCUCGCCUGCCGCCUCGGCCACCUCGCCCACCUUCUCCGCGCCCCACACCCUCUCCGAGCCCGCCCCCGACUCGGAUGAGGCCGAGAGCCUCGAGGCUGCCCUGGAGGCUGCCCCCGACGAGGACCCGGAAUGGGACGAGGCCCGCAAGCACCAGAUCAAGAUCCAGGGCAUCUCCGACGAUGUCAAUGGCCUCUCCAUGUCCGUCGACCGCCCCUCCUCGUACGUCGGCGUCUCUUCCAUCACCGCCGCGCUCAAGGUCAUUGUGCGCAUCGCGCCCAUCGCCAGGCCUUAUAUCGACUACAAGGGCAACGAGACGGCACUGCCCAGCCGCAGUGGCACCCCGCCGCCAGAAUUAAUCGACGACAAGCCUAAUGCUUUGCCGAACGUCGAGGUCGGUCUGGACUUGAUAGACCAGUACUUUGAAAAGGUCCAUCCGUUCCUUCCCAUGCUCGACGAGUCAAAGUUCCGCACGUCGUACCGCCGCGGCAACCUUUGCGAUCCGCCAUGGCUGGCAUUGCUGAACAUGGUGUUCGCGCUUGGCUCAUUAGCCUCUUCUAACGCAAGGAACGGAGACCACUACACCUAUUUCACAAGAGCACGGCGGCACGUCAGCCUCGAGACGUUCGGCAGCGGGAACCUGGAAGUCUGCCAAACCAUGGGAAUGAUGAGCGGGUAUUACAUGCACUACCUGAACCGCCCCAACGAGGCAAACUGCCUGAUGGGUGCCACGCUACGCAUGGCAACAGGUCUGGGGCUGCAUAGAGAAUACUCGAGCUCGGCCGCCGAGGGCAAGGGGAACGGAAUGCUUGGGCUGAAGACUGAUGCAGCAAUAGCCGAGACAAGAAGAAGGACGUGGUGGAGUUUAUUUUGCCUUGACGUGUGGGCAAGCACCACAACGAGCAAGCCGAGUUUAGGGAGAGUUUGCUCUGCAGUUACGGUCUUGACGCCGGGAAAAGUGAUGGAAGACCCAAUGAGUCGGCAGAAUGUCCACGACCUCCGUGUCCUCCCACUCGUCCAUAAUGUCGAGUUCUGCAAGAUUGGCACCCGCAUCCAGGACUUGCUGGCUGCCUCGCCUGUGGUCAGGUUUGAAGAACUGGCCCAGAUCGACAACGAUCUCGUCUCAUGGCAGAACAAUCUGCCAUCCAUCCUGGCCACCAACGAGCCAUGCCCAGAGUUCUUGAGGGUCCCUCGUUCUGUCAUGAAAUGGCGGUACCAGAACCUGCGUGUCGUCUUGCAUCGACCCUGGUUGCUGUCCAGCGCCCUCCGCCACGCCCCUUUUGCAGCUCUUAGCGCUGAGGAAAAGGUAGCCGUCGGCAAGUGCAGGGUGAUGGCAGGACAGAACAUCGAUGACAUCAGCGCCGAAUGCACACCAGACCUGAUUUCCGGAUGGAACGCUGUGUGGUUCUGCUUCCAAGCGUGCAUGGUGCCGCUAAUCUCAUUGUUCAGUGACCCUCUGAGCAUGCCCGAAGAGGUGAACAAGUGGAAGGCCCAAAUUGAGCGGGCACUGGCCUUUUUUGACCGAAUGCUCGAAUGGAGCGUUGCAGCGAAGAAGAGCCACGAUGCUAUCGCUCGGCUGUACGAGGCAGCAAAGAUGCACAUAGAAAGCGUCGAGGAGCAGGUCAGGGCGCAACAUGCCGAGUACGCACGAAUGUUUGAGACAGACUCGGGCGCCGAGAGUAAAGACAACAUGGCGGUCCAACACAGCCAUAACGAGCAGAACUACCACCAGCAGCGACAGGAUGCCUUCCGCGCGCCCUUAAAGGACAACGGGACUCCUUUCAACCAGACCCCCUACCCUCAAACGCACCAGCACUUCACGCCCACGGGGGUCAGCGGGCUGAACGGCAUGUCUCAGAUGUCGGGCGUCGGCAUGGGCAUCUGGCCCGCGCCUCCGCCUCCGCCGCCCCCGCCUCCUCACAACGGAGGCCUCGGGGAGCAGGGCACCGCCGGGCUGGGCAGCCUGUCGGGCUUCUGGGAUCAGAUGAUGUGGGACACAGGGUUCCCGGAGAUGGCGGAGGAUCCGUUCGGGCUGAACGGGGAAUUCAACUUUCCGCCGGCGAGCCAGGACGCGAACGGGGCGGCGUGCUGGGAGCUAGGGAAUUGAGCAUGACGAAUAGGUACCACCUAGGUAGAUAGUCGGGAGUCGGAGACGGUGGCGCGGGAAGAGAGGUGGUGAGAGGUGCGACGGGCCAGGGCAUCCGUCCGGGCCGAGGCGGGAGCGUGUGCGGCUGUUGUAUACCCAAAACGGGGGU